AUGGUCGACGGCCGGUUUGGCACGACCGAGAGAAUGAGGGAUUUUGUUGGCGCAGGGAGAUGGAAUCAGACCAGUCGGAAAGGCAGUGGAACGGGGGAGAUGCAGAAGGGAGGACGGUCGGUAGCCAGCGACCACGAGAUCAGGAGGAGAGCGAAAGAGAGGGAGAUCGAGACAGCAAGUAUGCCAGACGGGCGGGUGCAGGUCUGGCAGCAGAUCUCAAUUCACCGCGGCCCAACUGGAGGACCACGCCGGAAUCCUCUUCACGAUGAACAGAGAUGGAGACAGCGGGUGGGAAGGACCGCAACCAUAUACUACUAUUCAGUGUCCAGUGUUUCCCCUCUUCGGUUCCGAACAAGACAGAAACCGAUCACGAGCGACGUUUCCGUCUGUGGAAUGGGCCCGAGAGGAUACAAGAAGAUGGAGAUCUCGACCCUCCUCCGCUCUCGGGACGUCAAUUCCCGGACGUUUAUCUCUCUCUCGUCUUUUCUCGCAGCGUCUUUCUUCUCCGUGACUCAACCCCCCGCAAGGUUUGAUCUCCGCAAUAAGCCCACCCGAGCCAAGCGACUCGAAAAUGCCGAAUGA